AUGGCAUACACUUUGGGGUUGGCUGCCAUACCGGCCGACUCGGCUUCGUUGGAGAGUCAUUAUCCGCCAAUCAAGUGGAUGUGCAUAAUCGCCAUCGCGCCAGAGUUUGGAGUUACAAUGGCGGCUGAUGAGUUUUGGCAGGCCUGGAAACUGACAGGAAGAGUCGGCUCGCCAGGAUUUACCGUCACACAUGCGUUCUAUGCUCUGAUGGGAGGCUUUCUUAUUGGGGUGCCUGUUCAGAAUGAUGGCGAUACUCAGCUGAAUGAGGCCGAAAUUCAAGCGGCGACAACAGAAAGUGGUCAGGCUCGGUCAAAACGGCAGAAUCUCGGGUACCACCGUCACCACCCAGAGACAGUUUCCAAGACCUAG